AUGUUGAAUGAAUUAGACAUAACCUAUACUUACUAAACAAAACAGAAAAAUAAUAAAAAUUUGUAUUUGUUGAAGAAAAAGACAAAUAUAAAAAAAUGUUAAAUAGUAUGAGAAGUGUUUUAAAUUGUUUUCGAUCAAAUGAAAAUACUUUACUUGAAAGUUCGAAAAUAAUUGGCGUUCAACAAAAACGGACUACUUAUGUGGUAAAACGAAAAUAUCCCGUGGGACUUCAAAAAAAAUCAUUACCACAUCCUGAUAAAUUAAAGCAUCGACAUUUUAUUUACGAAAUAAUUGGCUCACCAUAUAGAAAACAAUUGCAACCAUUGGAUGUUAUAUUAAUGGAUUAUGUUGAAGGAAUUGGCAAUAAAGGCGAACGAUUAACAUUAAAACAUUCAAUAGCUUAUAAUAAAUUACUUUUACCAGGACUUGCUGUUUAUGCAUCACCUGAAAAUAUUGCAAAAUAUGCAAAUGUUGAGGAGAAAAAAGAUAAAUUUAGUUCACCUUACGUUGAAAGAACAUUAAAUAUUUUAGCAACACGUCUUGUAAUAAUUGAAAUGAAUAUAAAACAAUCUUGGACAUUAGAAAAAUGGCAUGUAAAUUGUGCAUUAAGAAGACAUGGUAUUUAUUUGCCAUUAGAUGCAAUAACAAUGCCCGAUCAUGUGAUAACGGGUCCAAAUUUAGAAUUAAUGGAAAAUAAAGAAUUUUUUAUUAAAAUAACAAUUAAUAAUCGUGAAACAAUGAAUGUACGUUGUCGUAUUCAUCAUGUACAUAGAAAUCCAAUUCUCAGCGCAAAUCUUGAUCCAAAUUAUUUUCUAUAUCCAGCUGAAGCAAUAUUUCCCGACGAUAAACCAAUAUUGGAUUCAAUGCUUCGACAUAGAUUGUGUAAAAUUAAUGAAACUAAAACUGAAAAUUAAAUUAUUUUGUAUUUUUUGAAAAUCUUAAUUUCACUGUUUUAGAUAUUGAGCGAUAUUGAAAUAAUUGUUGAUUUAUAUUAAAAUGAAAUUUGAAAAUAAAAAAAAAAAAUAAAAUUA